AUGCCUAAAUUAUUAGAACAAGUUAGUACUGUUGAUGAACAUUAUAAUGAAGCCAAAGGUAUUCGUUCAAGUCUAACAAAUAAACGAUUCCGACGUUUACCUGCAUUCGAACGUGCAUAUUACAAAAAAACAUGUGAAGUUAAAAAAAUGUAAGUUUCUUAGAGAUAAUACUAUUUUAUUUGUUAUAAAUA